CUAGUAGUGUUCUUCUCCGAAUUAGCCAAGGCGGCGACCGUCUCCGACUCACUACUCGCUGCCUCUCCCUCUCCGUCCCGUCGCUAUAAAGCUCUCGCCUUUGUCGCCGCCUCUUCACGUGCGCGCCACCACCUUCCAUGCAAGGGCAGUAGGCGCAGGCGCAGCACGGCCCUCUCGUGUCGCCGCGCCGCUUUUCGACCGACUCGCCGCGCGCCCGCCCGCAGCUAGCCGUUCUUCGCGGUAGAUCCAUGGCCGUGGAUAGUCCCCCGCCGCCGGCGCAGCCGCGGCGGCAGUCCGAGGCCGGCGCGGGCGGGCGGCGGACGGACAAGCACGGCCGCCGCCUCGAGGUGUACAACGAGGUGCUCGCCCGCCUGCGCUCCUCCGCCGCCGCCGCCGCCGCCACGGUCUCCCCGGCCUUCGAGGACGCGCUCUGGGCCCACUUCCACCGCCUCCCCGCCCGGUACGCGCUGGAUGUGAACGCGGAGAGGGCGGACGACGUGGUCACCCACCAGCGGCUGCUCCAGGAGGCGCGCGAUCCGGAACGCCGGCCCGCCUUGUCCGUGCGCGUCGUGCAGGUUUCUAGGAUUAUUGAUGGUGAUACAGCCGAUUCUUGUGAUACUGACAUGGAGACGGUUGCUUCUAAUAAUCAUGUGGUGGCUAGCCAGAUGGCUCACCCACCCCCUGCUUUUGGUUCUUCCUCCAAUCUAGAGGCGCUCGGGCUCGAGACAAAUGAGGGUGAUGUAAGGAGCACCAAUGAUACUGAUCACAGUGUACAUCUCAUUUCCAGGCCGAUGCAUGAGGUAACUUUUGCAACUAUUGAUAAGCCAAAGCUCCUUAGUCAGCUGACCUGUCUGCUUGCUGAGCUCGGUCUUGACAUCCAAGAAGCUCAUGCAUUUUCAACAAUUGAUGGCUACUCAUUGGAUGUAUUUGUUGUCACUGGAUGGCAUCUUGAGAGUACUGAGCAGCUACAAGGAAAGUUGCUUCAGAAAUUUCACAAUGCUGAGACACGAGCUUGGCCUGUAUCAAGCUCAUCAUCGCUAUCAUCCGAAGGUCCACAAGGUGGACAAGGUAUGCCAUCUACAAGUGUUGAAAUUCCAACAGAUGGUGCAGAUGUUUGGGAAAUAGACCUUAAACUGCUCAAGUUUGGAAGCAAAGUUGCUUCCGGGUCAAAUGGCGACCUGUACCGUGGAACAUACUGCAAUCAGGACGUGGCCAUCAAAAUAGUGAGGCCUGAGCGCAUCAGUGCAGAUAUGUACCGAGAUUUUGCACAAGAAGUGUACAUCAUGAGAAAGGUCCGUCACAGGAAUGUCGUGCAAUUCAUUGGUGCCUGUACAAGACAACCAACUUUGUAUAUAGUAACAGAUUUCAUGUCAGGAGGGAGUGUCUAUGAUUACCUCCACAAAAGUAACAAUGCUUUCAAGCUUCCUGAAAUACUGAAAGUGGCAACCGACAUCUCUAAAGGAAUGAACUACCUGCACCAAAACAACAUAAUUCAUCGUGAUCUCAAGACUGCAAACCUUCUCAUGGAUGAAAACAGGGUUGUAAAGGUUGCAGACUUUGGUGUUGCACGUGUGAAAGACCAAUCUGGAGUGAUGACUGCAGAAACUGGAACUUACCGUUGGAUGGCACCUGAGGUCAUAGAACAUAAGCCCUACGAUCACAAAGCAGAUGUUUUUAGCUUUGCUAUUGUUCUGUGGGAACUGCUAACCGGCAAGAUUCCUUACGAGUACCUCACACCACUACAAGCAGCAAUAGGUGUUGUUCAGAAGGGUAUUAGGCCAAUGAUCCCAAAAGACACCCAUCCCAAGCUUAUCGAGCUGCUUCAGAAAUGUUGGCAUCGAGAUCCAGCUGAAAGGCCUGACUUCUCCGAGAUACUGGAAAUCCUUCAGAAACUCUCCAAAGAGGUGAAAACUGACCCUGAGGGUCGCCACAAAACAAAGUCAGGUUUUCUUGCAGCGCUGAAGAGAAGCCACUGAAGGGCACUCCAAGAACUCCAAUGCAAUGUUGGUGCUCGAUGCACACUGUAAUCACAGCAUGCUACUGAAGUUCUGAUGCAAAUGGAUAAUGGAAUAGUGUGCUGUAGUUGUACAGUCACGAUUUUUCUCUUGUAAUUGCAGUUGCUUUUCACUUUCUGGCUGAAUUGCCUUUUGUUUUGCUUCUUUGUCUCAUGCAUGUAACCGUAGAUGUUUUUGUUGAAUGUCCUAACGACUGACAUAGAUGAACUGUGCUGAAAUAAAUUCCAGCUGAUGAGAAACAAUUCUCUUCA